AAUUUAGAUUCCUUGCCGUGAUCGCGAGGCAAAAUCACAUCGUUCUUGACUGGAAGCCACCUGUAGUGUUGUUGAUUGUGCCACAAUGGGAACGACCAAGAUAGUUGGUUGCUGCUCGCUGCUGAUCGCGUUGAUCAUUGGGCACUUUGGUCAAUGUCAUGGAGCGCCUGUGGGAGGGGAGGAAGGUGUCCGAGCGCAUGACGACAUCAGAAUCGUUCGCCUGAUUCACUAUCUGAGCUAUUUGAUUGAUUACCUCGUCAGGACUUACAUAACCGAUUGGGAGUUGACCAGUCCGAAGGAAGCGUCGAACUACUUUGACGAGGCGUUGGUGGCCGGAAAGCAGGACGAACCCAAAGUGGGUGGAGCUGAAGGACCGUACAAACCGGACGCAGCGAAGGCAGAACGCAGUGUGAACGUGGUGGAAUCGAUUAGCAAGUCGAAAAGGUAAAAGAAUGGGUUUGGGGGUUUUUGAAAAUAUAUCAAUUGUGUAAACUUCA